AUGUAUGUGAAAUGGUUUGAUACAGUAAUGGAAUACUAUGUGAUUUUAGUGUAUUUAGUGAAUGUCACUUUUUGUCAUUUUCAAAUUUCCCGCCGUUCUGUCCCCCGUACAUCCCGACGUCGCAGGGAAUGGAACCCAGAAGACGGAUGCCGGCAUCCGCCGGAGGACAUUGCUGGGGAUACUGCAGGGAGGACAUCGCGGUGAGCGCAGGACAAGGUAAGAGAAGAACAGAUCCCAGAGCAGCGCCGCAUGGUAAGCCCAAGUGUAGCUCGGGGGUUACCGCUUGUGCUACACUCGGGAAUACCGCCAGGGAGGCUACG